UUUGCUUUUGUGUUUUUACUAGUUAGCUAACUAGUUGCAGGUAAUGGCAACAAGCUCUCCUUGGACAGCUAAGGAGAACAAAAGGUUCGAAAAGGCAUUGGCGGUGUACGACAAGGAUACUCCAGAUCGUUGGCAAAAGGUGGCCAAUGCAAUCGGGGGAUCAAAAUCUGUGGAAGAGGUGAAGAAGCACUAUGAGAUCCUUGUGCAGGAUGUUAUGUGCAUAGAAUCUGAUCAAGUUCCACUACCAAACUACAAGUCUUUGAAAGGUUUAUGAAUAAUUGAAAGCUCCAAUGAAGAGUGUUUAAUUAUGAAGGUGUGUAAAGAGCUUAUGGACGUUACGUCCAAAUUGGGUUACAAAAUUUGUGGCUACUCUACUUUGACUUUCUAAUUUGAAAAAUG